AUGGCGCCGCGGCGCGGGUGCGAGCCCCCCCACCCGACCGCCGCGAGUUCCCGCCGCCCCGGCCCGCGCGCCGCCGCCGGCGACACGGAGACUCACGUGUUCUCUCGGAGAAGAAGAACGAGUCCGCGCGGAGGGAGUAUUUAUCCUACGCCAAGUACCGCGAGAUCUCGGGUGCCCCGCCCCGAGCGCGAGCCUAUAAGAGCGGUGGAGGCGCGCUCCCAGGCGCCCCGGCCGGCUCCCCGUGCGCUUGCGCACAUCGGCUCUGCGCUCCUGCUGCCGCGUGCCGCCGCGGCCCGGCUGCUCGCGCUGCGGGUAGGCCCGCGCUGCAGGACGCAGACGCCCCGGAGCGCGGCCUCCUGCCGCCCCCCACCCCAGCUCCUUCAGCCGGGCUCCCGCGGGUCGGCCGGCCCAGGUCCCACACCGCACAGCUUCCACAGUAGCAGGUCAGGUACUUUUGCGCUUGAGGGGACUUGGGCGGGGCACCGAGCCACCCGCAGGUGCGAAGGGGAAGCAGGGCGGCCUCCAGGAGGAGCCCCGCCGCUCAACGUCAGUUACCGACCCCGACGGGGAAAGAUGUGCGACUUCCUCGGGCAACUCCGCCCGUGAGAAGCCGCCCUCACCCUGAACUCUCGCUCAGAAAAAUCCCUCCCGACUUUCUCCGCGAAAUAAAAUUUCUUUCCUUUGUUUGCUGGGCUUGCUUACGGUUUUGCCAUGGCUUGCAUGUCCUGAAUUGCAAUUGUGUUAUUCCCAAAUAAACCUGUUUUUGCCAGUGAAAUAACUUUUAUUUUCAAAA